AUGUCACGCUGCUUUAAGGUUGUUUCAAGGCCGUCGCAUUUAUUAAGGAUGAUUGCUCGUCCGAGAAAUUCAAUCCACAUUAAGAAUCUUCCUGAUGAGAUUACCUACAAUGACGUUUGGACAGAAUUCAAAAAACUUGGGGAUAUCGUAAAUGUAACUAUUCCAGUUGAUGUGAACACGGCUAAAGCCAAAGGCUACGCGUUUGUCGAAUAUCCUUUGUUAUUUCGUAUCAAAUCAUGUUGCUGUGUCCCUCAGUUGUGUGAUGUGGUGUGGUAUUUUGUUAUGCUGUUUUUCUUUUUUUACUGCACCCGGACUGGGGUCUUUCUCUCCAUUUGA